UUAUGAAACUACCAUACACCCUAAUCCUGCUUUUGUUGGGCGUUCUCUCCCUUGCCGGCAAGAAGAGGAUCCCGAGCCUCCGGAGGCCAUCGCCCUAGUUCAGCCCAAGAUGGUGGGCGCGACGGAGGAGGCGCGAUUGAAUCAGCUAGAGACUCAGGUGGACAACGGCGGCGGGGAGGCGUGGGAGUAUCUCUGCCUCGUGCGCAAGCUUAAGGCCAGGCGAUCAGAGAAGGUCCUCAGACAUGGAAUCUUCAUCCUAAACAGCCAUAUCGCUCGAUCCAAGCUAGGUGGAGAAGAAUGGACGCUUUAUGAACAAGUUGCUGUUGCUGCUAUGGAUUGCCAUAGGAAUGAUAUUGCAAAUGAUUGUAUUGAAGCCCUCUCUAAGAAAUUUCCAGGGAGCAUUCGGGUUGGCAGGCUAAAAGGGAUGCUUCUUGAGGCAAAGGGGGCUUGGCCUGACGCUGAAAAGAUUUAUGCUCAGCUUCUAGUGGAUAAUCCACUUGAUCAGAUAAUUCUUAAAAGGAAGGUGGCUAUAGCAAAGGCACAAGGAAAUUUAGCUGCUGCCGUGGAAUAUCUUAAUAACUAUUUGGAGACAUUUAUGGCAGAUCAUGAUGCCUGGAGAGAACUUGCUGAACUAUAUAUUUCUAUUCAAAUGUAUAAGCAGGCUGCCUUUUGCUAUGAGGAGCUCAUUUUAAGUCAACCGACUAUUCCUUUGUACCACUUAGCAUAUGCUGACGUCCUCUACACGAUGGGAGGCUUGGAAAAUCUUCAGGCGGCCAAGAAGUACUAUGCUUCGACCAUCAAUCUUACAGGAGGCAAGAACACUAGAGCCCUUUAUGGCAUAUGCCUGUCUAGCGUUGCCAUUAAUCAGCUGACGAAGGGCCGAAAUAAAGAUGAGAAAGAUUCCGCGGACCUUCAACCCCUUGCUGCUGAAGCUUUGCUUAAGGAUUACAAGGAACGGGCACCAGAGAAGCUCGCUCUUGUCACCGCCAUGCUGAGGAAUAUAAAACUAGUUUCUUGACUUCUUUCAUCUUCAAAAACAAAAUUUUCAUCCGAAGCAUCCAAUGAAACUCUGCCAUAAAUGUAUGAUGAUUUGUUGUGUUGUAGUAACCUAAGCAAUGAUUUUAUUGUCUCAUGUUAAGUAAUAAGGGCUUUGAUUAUUUAUUUCGAAGAAGAUUUACAAAUUUGAUUACGUUUCUGUUUCUGCACUUUACCAUGGAAUCUAUUAAUACUUUUCUUU